AUAUGAUGACGCACGCGUGAGGACCCAGAGGUAAACGUGAGUCUCUCCCGCGCAGUCUUACUCUGUGAAUAUUUUCAUGAUUGAGCCGAUUUUCGUGUGAAUUAUACGACCAUUCGAAUUUAUCAAGACAUACUAUCCAUCCCCAUUGACUCCAGAAUCAGUAAUGGCAAGCAAACGAACAGCAACAUCAGAGUUGAAUCAUGAGAACUGGAACGCUGAGGACGAGCCUGAAGAAGCUGGAACGUUUGCCGUUGCUCCUCAGGAAGUUCUGGAGAAGAGGGUUGUACGCACCGCUGUGAGGAGACUUGGAGCCGGCGAGAGACCAAAGGAAAACGCUUUUGGAGCAUUCGUAGGAUUCAAGACGACCGCACCCCCCGUGACAGCAGCCUUCAGUUUCUUAAAAUCCAACUCUACUCCUACAAUCACCCCCCUCCAAUCCUCGACAACAUCCUCCGCGACAUCCAGCAACGGCUCAGCGAAGGGCUUGGAGAAUGGGCUGUCAUCAUCAUCAUCAGUGCCCUCGAUGCACCUGGGAAAGACCUCAGAGAACCAGCAGAAGGAUCCAGCGAAGAAAAAGGGAACAAUAUUCAAGGAGUCCUCUGAGUACUUUGCUAAACUAAAGGGACUGAACGAGGGUGUUGCCCAAUGGAUCAAAACCCACGUGGACGCCAACCCCUUCUGCAUCUUGACUCCCAUCUUCAGGGAUUACGACAGGUACCUCAAGGAAAUUGAGGCGAAACGUGACGAGCAGACGAGAAAAGCAUCAGAGGAAGCGAAAAGUUCUAAAGAGCCUCCAAAACCCACUUUGACGUUUGGGGUACCCCCGAAAGGCACCUCAGAGGCCUCAGAUUCGGUGUUCUCUACGAAGUCCCCUAGCACGACAACCGGGUCCAUCUUCGGCUCUCUAACCCCUGGAAAGUCAAUUUUUGGAAAUGCUGAUGGGAAAGGAGCAUUCGGCAGUGACGUGAACCCAUUCCUCAACAAAAGCAAAGACACCGCUGAUAAAGCUGAAGAGAAGGCCGAGAAGGUGGAAAAGUCCAUGUCCUUCCCUCAGACGACGGGGGCCUUCAGCUUUGGCUCGAGCGGCACCACUGGCAGCAGCUCUGCGAGUUUCAGCUUCGGCACUGGGAAACCUUUCUCCUUCGGCAGCAGUGUUGUUGCUCCACCGACGUCUGAGGGCAAGGAUGAUGCUGAGGACAAAGAGGAUGACGAUGAGCCACCUAAGGUCGAGUUUAAACCUAUUAUCGAAGAGGGGGCUAUUUACGAAAAGAGGUGCAAGAUAUUUUUCAAGAAAGAUAAAGUCUACAGUGAUCGAGGAGUAGGAAUUCUCUUCCUGAAGCCAACCCCCAAUGGAAAGACUCAAUUGAUCGUCCGUGCUGAAAAUUCCCUGGGGAAUCUCCUCCUAAACACUCUCUUAACCGACUCCGUUCGCACCCAGCGGAUGAAUAAAAAUACGGUAAUGGUGGUCUGUUUGCCAUUACCUGACUCCCAGCCACCUCCAGUUCCCGUGCUCCUCAGGGUUAAAACCAGCGAGGACGCUGAUGCCCUUCUCGAGCAGCUCGAUAGUAACAAAAAGUGAAUAGUUAAUGCUCAUCAGUCAGUAUCGAAAUUUCGAUAAAUCAAAUUUUGGGGAUUAUUUUUCCCAUCCAAAUCUUGGCCAAUAGGAUUGCACCAUUCGACGUUAUUUUGUAUAGUCAACACGGUAUUUCAGCGGAUAUUCUUGAAAAUUACACUGGAAAUUUUGCAUGUUGAUAUAUAUAAAAAAAAACAAAUGUUGAAGUAACCCUCAAUUGUAUCUGACAGAUUAAAUGGCAAUUCGUUGAAAAUUAUGUCUCAUGGUGCAAUUCUAUCGGCCAAGAUUUGGAUGCAAAAAAUAAUCCCCCGAAUACCACUCGAACUUCGAAAUUAUCUGAUAUUUCCCUCAAGGUUCCCUGCAAACAAAUAAGCUCGUCAAGUUUUCCAGAAAAAUCACUCGCGCUUCGCGCUCGUGAUUUUUAAACUGGAAAACUUGACACGUUCAUUUGUUUGCAACGAACCUAUCGGGAAAUAUCCGAUAAUUUCGGAGCUCUUGUGGUAUUACAUGCGAUAAUUUUGGUGAUUUUGGUGAAUUAUCAGUGGUAAGUAUGAGUGAUGGUAUGAAUGAGGUGAGAAACUUGAAAAUUUUUCAGUGAUCUUUGGCCAUACGUCAAAUUUUCGUUCCAUUGAUAGCGAAAGUGAGAUAUUUUUAUGAGUAAAUAAAUUCAAUCUGACGAUUAUUAUCAAAAUUUGGUUCAUUCGACUGAACACAAUUUUCGAAUAAUAACCUGAAAUUAAAAUUAUUAUUAGAUAAUUUGCUUUUUUACUACCAUUCGUUUAAAUGUCAAACUGAUGUCUACGAUAAGCACUUGUAUAUAAUAAACGAGAAAUAUUCCAAUCUAUAAACAA